UUUGAGACGCAAUUAAUUAUGAAAAUUUCUUCAUCCUCAGGAAGAAAAGUUCCCGGAUUGCAACGCAUGCAUUGCAGUUACAAAGCCGAUUGGCAACUGAUUCCGAGGGACGAAGAGGAGAAGUAUUACUCGCAGCCCGUGGAGGAAGUUCCCGUAAGAGUCAGGCCCAAAUAUAAAUUGUUGCCUCCCGUGAUGGAGAUGUCACUGAGACAGCAGAUGCAGAUGAAAGGUAAAAAGGUAGAGGACGAACUGAAAAUGGAAAUGGUAUACAAAGAAGAUAUCCGGUUUUACAGGGUGGAAACAGUGGAAGAGAGGCCCCUGCCGUCGUCUUACGCAUCUAGUUUAAAACCUGAGUUUCUAGUUGGGAUUAAAAACAUAGAGAAGUGAGAAAAACAUUUACUAUAAAUGGUAGAUAUGUAUUGCCAUCAUACAAAGUUGUAAAUAAAACACAGAUUUUGAAUUA